GUGACAACAGGGAGGAACCGUCGCUUAAGUCAGAGGUGUGCAGCACAAAACCUCACUGCUUGACAUGGAGAUGCCAGCUAAACUUCUCGUCCGCAUCAUGGUGACCUCCGUGCUCAUCUCGUGCACUCCGACGGAGGCGUGGUACAAGCAGGUGGCGGGUCCGAGCUACUACUCCGUGGGCAGGGCGUCCGGCUUACUGUCCGGCAUUCGGAGGUCACCGUACGUCAGGAGAGCAGAGCUGGAGCCGUCAGACAGCGGUGAGGCAGUGACCAACAGCGCGUUUCCUGAAGUGACUGCGCACAAUUCCAUCUUGAAGACCAUGCCUGUUUGCAUCAAAGACAUCACACCAAUCCUGCAGAGCUGUGAACUCUUCCAGGAUGUCAAGGGUUCGUUCAAGUGCAAAGCAGACAUCUUCCUCACUCUGGACUCUUCAGACUGUGCAGGAGACUGAGCAGCAAACCUGAAUAUACUGCUUUAAAAAGACAUGAAAAUUAAAAACUGUACAUUCUCAUGGAAAUUAUGAUCACGCAUUCACCCAUUUAUUUAUCAAUUUCAUGAUAAACCUGUAACCUGUAAAAUUAUUAUGUAUUAAUGUAUAUAUUUGGAAUGAGUUUUCAUUAAUCAAUAAAUCAUGUUGUAGGCCCUUGCUGAAAUUGCCAAAACAGA